GCCUCUCCGCUCUCCGCCUGAGCAGCGGAUGGUUUGAGCCGCUGAAGCCGGCAGCCUGAGCGCCGCCUCCGGGCAGCUUCAACUCACCGCUCGCUUGGAUGUCGCACCUACGGAGCGACCGCUAAAAUAUUCAAGGAGAAGAGGCGACUUUUUUCAGGAUAGGAGGCGAGCCGCUUCCCUCUCUGGCCAUGGCUUCCAACUUCAACGACAUAGUGAAGCAGGGCUACGUGAGGAUACGGAGUAAGAAACUGGGGAUCUUCCGGAGGUGUUGGCUAGUUUUCAAGAAGGCCUCCAGUAAAGGGCCCCGACGGUUGGAGAAGUACCCAGAUGAGAAGGCAGCGUACUUCCGGAGCUUUCACAAGAUCACUGAGCUCCACAACAUCAAGAACAUCACCCGGAUGCCGCGGGAGACGAAAAAACAUGCUGUGGCCAUCAUCUUCUGUGAUGAUACGUCCAAAACCUUUGCCUGUGAAUCAGAGCUGGAUGCAGAGGAAUGGUGUAAGCUGCUGUGUGUGGAGUGUCUGGGCAGCCGCCUCAACGACAUCAGCCUAGGAGAGCCAGACCUGUUGGCAGCGGGGGUGCAGCGGGAACAGAACGAGCGUUUCAACGUGUACCUAAUGCCGACCCCUAACCUGGACAUCUAUGGGGAGUGCACCAUGCAGAUAACCCAUGAAAACAUCUACCUGUGGGAUAUCCAUAACGCUCGCCUCAAACUCGUCAUGUGGCCUCUCAGCUCCCUCCGCAGAUACGGGAGAGACUCCACCUGGUUCACUUUUGAGUCUGGAAGGAUGUGUGACACAGGAGAGGGUUUGUUCACGUUCCAGACGCAGGAGGGGGAGAUGAUCUACCAGCGGGUCCACUCGGCCACGCUGGCCAUUGCCCAGCAGCAUGAGAGGAUGAUGGAGGAGAUGGAGAAGAGCUCCCAGAGCCACUCCAGCGAGAUGCUCACCAAGUCCAUCUCCCUGCCACGCAGCGCCUACUGGCAGCACAUCACACGUCAGAACAGUGUGGGAGAUCUCUACACUUAUCAAGGAAGCAGCCUAACGAUGACUUUGAUCCCUAGAGCUCAGACAUUCCCCAGCUUCCUGUCUGAUGAGGAGAGGCAGCACCACCAAGAUGCAACAUCCCCCUCUAGUGGCUGUGAAUCCAGUUGCAGCCUGAGAGCACUUCAAUGACAUAAACUGUCAAAACUGGACACUUUAUCCACAAUCCACAGCUGUAGCCAGCAUGUAGAAAUGUGUAUAGUGAAUCAUGUAAGAUACCGUUUUAUGGUGAGAAUUAACUGUGGCAGCGUAGGAAAUGGACGUCCUUUUUGAUUUUAGUAUCUGUGAUCUGACAGCAGCACUCGCUUCCACGAUUGUAUCCAAAAAGUCAUUGUGUAUGUUUACCAAAACACAAAAAGAAAAACCGGAGGUCACACGUGUACGUGAUGCUCAUUCCAACAAAGCGCAGCAAAAGCACCGACUUCCAACUCCAUCCAAAAGAAUGCAAAAUUUAUGAAAACGUUCCACAAAAGUGCUCCAGUGUGACAGCUGUGAUGAAUCAGCAAAAAAAAACAAACUAUCAGGUACAACCAGUGUAGGAAAAGUCGGUGCAUUCAGAUGAUACAAGAGCAGACUGACAUGUCAGAAACAAUGGAAUGUAACUUCCUCAAAGCUUCAAGUUCAAACUGCCAAGCUUUGCAUUAUAGUAGCAGGGCACUUUGAUUUUACACACUUCCUUCCUCCUCAUGCACUGCAUCUAGAACUAUGACCCGAGGCGUCACUGAAGUCAGAAUUUUAGCUUUGUAUUCAAAUCUGUGCUCAUUAAAAUGCAAGGAAACAGGCAAGUUUUAAAAAGUAAAGCAACACGAGUGUAAGAGUGCUGCACCACCUCUUCUGUUAGCAACAUUGUGCGGUACGGCGAGAGGCCGGUCAGCGUCUGUAACUCUGGUCAUCUGUGUCCUUGGUGUAGCAUGUCAGUGACCCCUGUGAGGACAGCGUUGUUCUCAGCGUGUCGCCGUCUUCGAGUAUGAAGUGCCUUCUGACGUAGACCACAGAGUGCAACACCCUCUUGAAGCUAAGCCGAACGUUAGCUCUAAGUUGUGACGCAAAUGGCCCACCUGCACGUGUCUCUCCUGAAAUAUUUAGUUCUGCCUUCAGGAUCAUUUGCAGUAAAUUCAAUAUUCCAUUUGUUGUCACUAGCUGUUCAUGUUUUUGUGUUAACACUGGUUGAGAACAUUUGUUAGUUCAUCUGCUUUUAGUAAGAUGAAAAUACUGAAAUGUUUUAAGUCUAGAAAUGACAACUCUCAAAAUCAAAAUGAUUUUAAUGAGAUUCAGGAGACAAACGAGAUUUGUAGUUUCACACUUGAAAAUGUUUUGUUGUUUUUGUAAAGUAUACACUUCAAUCCAGCAGAGUGAUGUAAAUGUAUCAAACUACUGUUGAGCAGACUAGAACAUUUUACACUGUCUCUGUCCAGAUCUCUGCCUGGGUGGAGAUUAAUAAAUAAAUAAUAAGUGAAAGAAGCAUACACUCUAAAAAGAAUAAUUCAGGUGAUCUGUUACCAACACUAAUGCAUGGUUGCAACAUAAAAAUUCUUAGUGAUAAUCAUCAUUUUGGUGAGUUGUUAAUGUUGGUAAUUGCAUCAGUUUAAUAUUUUGUGCAAUUUAAAGUCUAACAAAAUUCAUGUAAUAACUUAA